AUGUUUGUAUCAUCGUUCAAAUACUACAAAUCCCAAAAUCCACAGCCUUCAUUUAAGGACGUGGUAAUAAUCGGUGACGAUCACCCCAACUUACAACCGGUUUGUUGUACCCAGAACCAUGAAGCAGGAUUUCCCGGGUUCUAUCCACCGGUGAAUUGGAAAAUUUACAGAGUUGUUUCCCGCCCGGGACUAUUGGUGAUAGCCAAUCCGUUCACAGUGGCGGGCCAAAGGUACUGGAUGACCCGCAGUGUUGUAGACUUUCCCGUCCAUCCCAACACUAUUAAUAUUAUCAAACACAAAAAGGUGGACUCCAACCGUCGCGAAGAUUGUAAGGAUACAAUCGUCGGCAGCUGGUGGGAAAUACUACAAAGCUUCAGCGAUACCUCGGAACGACGCAGCUUUGCCAAAACGCUACGGUGGACCACGUUGGGAUAUCAGUACGAUUGGACGAAUAAGGUGUACGAUGAAGCGAAAAAAGAAGAAUUUCCUCCCGAUCUAGCUCAGAUGGUACGGUUCAUCGCCGCCACGAUUGGGUACGCUCUGUUCUCGCCGGAAGCGGCCAUUGUCAACUUUUAUCCUGUCGGUUCCACCCUUGCCGGUCACACGGAUCAUUCAGAGGACGACCUGUCCGCGCCGCUGUUUUCACUCAGCUUUGGCCAGCCCGCCAUUUUUCUAAUCGGUGGCACCGACCGUCUCGAGCAGCCAGAUGCCAUUUUGUUGCGUAGCGGGGACAUAGUCGUUAUGACCGGUGCCAGCAGGCAUUGCUACCAUGCGGUUCCGCGUAUAUGUACGCUCUCAGAUCUCAGAUCAGUGGGAAUAGAUUGUGGGAACGAGCGAUGGGAAAAGUCAGAAAAUGCAGGAAGCCUGGCGCAGAGUGAUGUUGCUGCCAACAACCAACCAUAUGGUGUUCAAACUAACGUGUCGUGGAAGCUGUUGGAGGAGUAUAUUGAGCGCAGUCGCAUCAAUAUUAACGUGCGGCAGGUGCUGGCUCAGAAUCAGGUCUCUUUGCAACGUUCCGUAAAGUGCGAUUGACUUACAAAUGCGUUUUUAAUCACUGGAAGAGAGAUGUAGUAUAUAAACGCGU